UCGAUAGGCACCCUGUAUUCGCGCCGCAAUUACUGUAAUGUGACAUUGAUCACUGUAUCGCCCAAAUGAUCACCAAUCAGCUGAGUGGUGUAGUGCUGCCAACCUGUUUAGUGUUGUUUGGAAAAGUGCGCGUAGUUUUAAGACCGUACAAAAACCAUCCACAAAAUGCAUUAAAAAACCUCCCAUGUGCGUUAGUUUGUGCUUUUAUCAUACAAAAUUAACAAGAUUUAUAGAUACCUUUUGUAUUAUUUGAAUAGUAGAAACUGGCAUACUUUAACCCCUUAUACCGUUUUAAGCUACAGCUGAGCAUAUGGCCUGCAGUCGGAAAUCAAAAAGCGCAUGGACUCAUCUUUUCUGCCGGAAUUCACAAAAACAAGUGCCACGGAUGGCGAAAGUGUGCCGAGUGUGCCUGGAUUCAUAACUGAGUACCACCUGAAAAGACAUACCACCAGUCACAAGACCAACCAGACGGCCGAAAUGAGCAAAAUAAAGCCUCUUGGAAGUAAGAACACGUAUCGUAGACCGUCGCAGCAAAAUAAGACUCUAGAAGACCACAACAAUGACCGUCCGGAAAGCAUUUGUCCCAGAAAAAUUCGUAGUACCGCAGAACUUUUGUGUCCGCAAUGCUAUAAAUGUUUUGACUCACAGUACAAGCUCGAAUUUCACAUUAAUAAGACGUGCCAUAAAUGUCCCCAGUGCUCACGCUUUUAUGUAAACGAACGUAGCCUAAGAAGACAUCAACAAAAGCACAUGCCACUGGCAGCCUUAGAGUGCACGCGCUCAUUCCCGAACAUGAAUGAGGCGAUGAAGCACGGUGUCAAGCACAGCGGCGUUGGCCUGUUUAAAUGCCAAGAAUGCAAUGCGGAAUUCAUCGACAUCCUUUAUCUGCAGAUCCACAGUAAAGAGCACUUUAAUGAACAUGGUAAAAGCAGUCUAUUGAGACAUACCAAGGACGAAAUUCCAAUUGCACCCUUAGAGUACACGCGUUGCCCGCACUCAUUUCCGAACAUGGAUGAGGUGAUGAAGCACCGUGUCAAACACAGCGACGUUGGCAUGUUUAAAUGUCAAGAAUGCAAUGCAGAAUUCAUCGAGAUACUUUAUCUGCAGAUCCACAGUAAAGAGCACGCUGGUGAGAAAGGCCAACUGGAGCGUAGCCAAGGAGGUACGCCUCCUAGUGCUACGAAACAGAUCGACUCGGACUCCGAGGAGAUUGAUUGUGAAAUGCUCUCCUGCAGUGACAGUCCACCAUUGGUAAAGAUGAUGAAGCUCACUGACCCCGAACCAGCUAUAUCAAACCCCACAAAGAAGGACUGCACGACCGAAUCCUUACCAAAAAAACGGAAUAUUACGUGUCAGGAGUGCGGUAUGAAAUUUACGUAUAAAAACAUGACUAGGCAUAUGCGUGUUCACACUGGCGAGCGUCCCUUCGAGUGCACGUAUUGCGAGAAGAAAUAUACGCGCAAGAUUCACCUAGAUGAGCACAAUCGUAUUCACACUGGCGAACGUCCUUACGGGUGCUUGACUUGCGGCAAGAAAUUUAUUCGCAAGUAUUCUCUGGUUAAGCACAUUCGGGCCCACACUGGCGAAGGACUUUUCGAUUGCUCGCAGUGCGACAAAAAAUAUAGAGAUAAUUACGCGCUAAAGCACCAUUUUCGUAAUAUUCACAGUGGCGAACGUCUUUACGAGAAACAUAAGCAAGGGUGCUCCAAGAAGAAGGAGAAAAGGCUUUGACGAAAGUUCUUAACUUGAGAUACGCGAAAAAGGCGUCGAACAACAGCAAUAUGCCUGAUUGUGUCCGAUUUCUAUUGCAUCUUUAAUUUUCCGUUUGUCAAGCUUUUUGCUGGUUAAUGAUGAAAUGACAUUUAUUUAGAAAACACUUAAGAACUUGUUAUAUUAUUGAAUAAUUCUUUUGUUAUGCUUAUAUUUCCUGUUUUUGUUAAAUAUUCUUACAAAACAUAAUCUAUAUGCUUUACAUUAUAAUACUUAUAUGUAAAUAUUAAAUAAGGACUUAAGUUCCAAUUAUUCCUCAACAUGGCGCGGAUUGUGCAACAUUUGCAUACCCUGUGGAAAUGGAUAUUAUAGAAUUGAGAAAAUGUUUGUUAUCUCAGGCUCCAUUAUAUGCAGAAACUAAUCAGUCUCUGUUUUAAAGUUAUUUCAACGAUAUUUUGAAGGUUUUGGUCUUCUUACAGAAACCAAGAACCAAUAUCGGGAUCGAGAUAUACUUACAAGACCUUAAUCAUAUGCAUUAAUAUGUCUAAAACAUAACAAUCUGACUUAAUUUCUUAACUAAUUGCGUUUUAAAACAGUUUCUUCAUAUUAUAUUAACCAAAUAGGGUAUACCUACACUAUACACUUACGUGACCACUGUUUUUUGUUUGCCUUUUUUGCUUAAACCCUGUUUUAUACACUAUACAAUAAAAGAGAGUACUUAAAAGUA